GACGACGGCUACAUCAAGCCGAACUCGGGCGUCUACGAGAUCGACAUGUUCUGGACGCCGGCGGAGACGAUCAAGACGAUGAACCAGCUGGGCCAGAAGACCAUCUGCUACUUCUCGGCGGCGACGGCGGAGAACUGGCGCGACGACUACGGCGAGUUCCAGCGCCAGGAUCUGGGCAAGGAGCUGCCGGACUGGCCAGGGGAGCGGUAUCUGGAUAUCCGGCGGGAGAAUGUGUUUAAGGUGAUUCAGAAGAGGAUUGAUCUCGCGGCGGAGAAGGGGUGUAAUGCUAUUGAGCCGGAUAACGUUGACGUCUACUCCAACGACAACGGCUUCACGCCCGAAAUCACGCCCGGCGACACGGUGACCUACCUGCACAAAGUGUCCGCCUACGCGCGCAGCAAAGGCAUGUCAGUCGGGAUCAAGAACUGCAUCGAGAUCCUCGGCGACAUCUUCGACGACGUCGACUUCGCCAUCUCGGAGGAGUGCGUGCAGUGGCUCAACUGCACGGCAUACGCGAACUUCACGACGGCGCCGCGCGCCGGCACCGUCGGCAAGCCCGUGUUCGAGGUCGAGUAC